AUGAGGAAGAGUGAGAGUGGGGGGUAUGUUAGAGCGGAUCAGAUAGAUCUGAAGAGCUUGGAUGAGCAGCUUCAGAGGCAUCUGAGUAGAGCAUGGACUAUGGAGAAGAACAAGGAAAAGGAGGAAGAGGAGGUUGAAGGAAGGUCCACAAGAAGCAGACAAGAAUGGGAGAUUGACCCCUCUAAGCUUGUCAUCAAGACUGUCAUUGCUCGUGGCACUUUCGGCACUGUACAUCGGGGGAUUUACGAUGGCCAAGAUGUUGCAGUUAAGCUCCUUGACUGGGGGGAAGAGGGACAUCGGUCAGAUGCUGAAAUAGCAUCUUUGAGAGCGGCUUUUACUCAAGAAGUUGCUGUUUGGCACAAGCUUGACCAUCCUAAUGUAACCAAGUUUAUUGGGGCAACAAUGGGAACAUCAGAGCUACAGAUACAAACGGAAAAUGGUCAUAUAGGCAUGCCAAGUAAUGUUUGUUGUGUUGUUGUUGAAUAUUGUCCUGGUGGUGCACUGAAGACUUAUCUCAUUAAAAACAGAAGAAGGAAGCUGGCUUUUAAAGUGGUUGUUCAACUGGCUCUUGACCUUGCUAGAGGGUUGAGCUAUCUGCACACAAAGAAGAUUGUCCACAGAGAUGUUAAAACAGAAAAUAUGCUUCUGGACAAGACACGAACCUUAAAAAUAGCUGAUUUUGGAGUGGCUCGUAUUGAGGCUUCCAAUCCUCAUGACAUGACAGGUGAAACUGGAACCCUUGGUUACAUGGCUCCUGAGGUUCUAAAUGGUAAUCCAUACAAUAGAAAGUGUGAUGUGUACAGUUUUGGCAUAUGCUUAUGGGAGAUAUACUGCUGUGACAUGCCAUAUCCCGACCUUAGCUUCUCCGAAGUGACGUCUGCUGUCGUACGACAGAAUCUGAGGCCAGAGAUUCCACGAUGUUGUCCUAGCUCUCUGGCAAAUGUGAUGAAAAGAUGCUGGGAUGCGAAUCCUGAUAAGAGGCCAGAGAUGGAUGAAGUAGUGUCCAUGUUGGAAGCCAUUGACACUUCAAAGGGUGGAGGAAUAGGGAAGGAAGACUCAGGAUGGAAUGCAUACACAAAAGGUGUGAAAGCCAUAGAUAAUGAAGAGCUCUGCAAUUACUUGUUACUUUGUUGGGCUAUAAUUUUUGUAAAGCUAAUUGUGCUCUCUCCUCAUUGCACCCAUUUUUAUAAUAUUUUCCAUGUAAGUUGUACACUUGACAGUAGUAGCAUGGAUUGUUCCAACACUAAUAUCAAAGUUCUAAUGGGUCAUUUCAUGUCCUAUGAGCCUACGAGUGAUCUGAUUUGGGAACUUCUGCUCAUGUGCAGAAAGACAUGA